AUUGGUUGCCUAGAAGCUAAAAUACUGUUUAAAUUCUCGCAAGGUACCAUUUGGGGUCCGCACCUCAAGGAACAAAGAUACAGAGGUGUUCGAAAUACCCCCAAUGAUUUUAAUAUUGUUCGCUGCUGUACUGCAGAAAAGACACCAAUUCCAAUAAUGAAGACUGGGAUUUUACUUAUAAAUAUUCUUGGAAUAACAAUUGCUUCUCCAAUUCGGUGGAGUGAAUUUCUACAAGGAAGAGGUUAUGGGGGCAACAUCAAUUCCCUUAGUGCUGAUAAAGAAAUCCUGAAGGCCGGUUCUGCUGGUGAGAAUGGGUACCAUCAGAACAAAGAUGGUGGCCACCAAGAAGGAGAAAUAUUUCUUGCUCCCACCAGAAAGUCUGGUACUGCUGAAGAAAUGUCUGCACUUGGUCCAAACAAUCCUCAAGGAGGUCUUCUACAUGAAAAUGAGAGCCAUCUGCUCCAUAAGGACACUAGACUUACACAGGGUAAAGAUGAGAGUGAACAUACAACACAAGAAAACAUGGGUCUGAAUGUUGAUUUCCCUGCAGAAAAAGCUGUUAAGAACAUUCCUGUAGACACUUUUAAAGAGGCCACUAAUGCUGAGGGAAGUGCAUUAGGGCAUUUGAGAGAGAGAAAUGCCAUCCAUGGUCCAAUACCAUCAAUACCCAUCAUUCCAGAAGUCGAUCUCAUUGCUGAGGAACAUCAAAUCAAGGGGUUCCAAACUAGCAGUGGCUUCAAGACAAGAAAAGAUACCGAUGCACAGUAUGAAGAUCAUUAUGGUUUUUACAGUUACCACUUAAAUGAUGAAGGUAUGCAAGGAGAUGAUCCAGGCUAUUCGGAUAACUCUGAUUCUAGUCAGCAAGCAAGGGGCCAAAGUGAUUCUGGUCACCAACCUGGGAACUCAGACAGUCCUAACAGCUUAAAUGAGGAAGAAACAGAACAGUUCACCACAUCAGUAGAAUCUGGAGUCCUCAAUGCUUCCAGCAGAUCCCCUGAUUCCAGUGCUUCCAGUGAUUCUGGUACCUCCAGUGACUCCUGUAAUUCGAGGAAUUCUAACGAUUGCAGUGGUUCCAGCCAUGCCAGCAGUUCAAGUAGUUCCAGUGAUUCAAAUGAUUCUAAUGAUUCUUCUGACUCAAGUGAUUCAAGUAAUUCUUCUGACUCAAGUGAUUCUAGUGAUACUUCUGAAUCCAAUAGCUCAAGUGAUUCUAGCGACUUGAGGGAUUCUUCUGAAUCUGGCAGUUCCAGUGAAUCUAGUGACUCAAAUGAAUCCAAAGACUCAAGUGAAUCUAGAGAUUCUUCUGACUCAAGUGAUUCUAGUGAUACUUCUGAGUCUAACAGCUCCAGUGAUUCCAGUGACUCAAGUACAUUUUCAAAGACCAGCAGUUCCAGUGAAUCCAGGGACUCAAGUGACUCUAGAGAUUCUUCUGACUCGAGUGAUUCUAGUCAUACCUCUGAGUCCAGCAGCUCAAGUGAAUCCGCAGAUUCAAGUGAAUCUAGAGAUUCUUCUGACUCAAGUGAGUCUAGUGAUGCCUCUGAGUCUAAAAGUUCCAGUGAUUCUAGUGACUCAAGAGAGUCUCCUGAAUCCAGCAGCUCCAGUGAAUCCAGGGACUCAAGUAAUUCUGCUGAUUCUUCCGACUCCAACAGUUCAAGUGACUCAAGCAUUUCUAGCAAUUCUUCUAUCUCAAGUGAUUCCAGUGAUUCUAACAGUUCUUCAUAUUCCAGGAACUCCAAUGAUUCCAGUGAUUCCCUUACCAAUUCCAGUCAUCAAAGUGAUUCUAACAGCUCCAAUGCUUCUAGUACCUCCAAUAAUUCUAAUGAUACCUCUAGUGACUCUGGCAGGCCUAGCAGUUCCAAAUAAACUGUUUGAGAAUUACCAUAAGAUCCCCAUAUCUGUGAGGAAUACAUUUCCGUCCAGACUACAGUUACAUGAAACCACUGAUAUGAUCAAGCAGCAUUAAAUUACCUCACUUCUGGUCACAGCAUACUAUAGAGUUGCAUUAGAGGACCGGGAGAUUGAUAGAGAGAGGAAUAUACCAUAGAAUCACCUGAAGGAUCUAGCAGUUUUCUAAAGAGACUAUCCCCCCCCCCCCCAGCCAGGUGUGAAUAAAUGAAACUGUGGGUGUGGACUGUAGUUCCAAGGCUCUUCUGUAAUUGAAAUAGUAUCAAUAAACAUCAGUAUUACGGAGCAAAAUUAGCAGUCUGUAACUGCAGUCUUUUAAAAAAGAGAUAAUUGUGGACUACAUUUUGAUAGUGAAUCGGAGAGAGAGAAAUGCAGAUGCCGUUACAGUAUGAAAAUAUCUUUUUGUAGUGUUCUAAAAUACAUUUGCUAUUUUUUUGGAAACCUGAGUUCUAAUUGUACUAUUAACUUAACUGCAUCCUACUAGAAAACAGAGAGAUCACUGUCUAACAAAGAAUGUUCAAUAACUGUACUUCUUUGGAUUCUUGUACUGCUUCCCAACAUCUUUGGAAACCCUAGGACAAUUUCAAUUAAUAUCAAAACAGUUCAUGAAUGUACUCAAUACAGUGGGGGAUCGAUAUUUAGUGGAGUUUGGUUACAGGGUCCCCUGUGGAUAUCAACAUCUGCUCAAUUAUAUAUGAUGUCCCUUAUAUCAAAUGUCCAAAUAAAAGUUUGCUUUUUGGAUAUUUUUUACAGUAUUUUCAAGCCAUGGACGGUUGAAUCUGUAGAUACAGACUAUAUACAUUUGAUGUAUAUCAAUAAAAAUAUAUAAUUGAUACUCCA